AGAAAAUAAGUCUCUGAAUCUACAAAGAGAGAUCUGUGAACACUUCCAUUAGCUUGGGAAGUCAUAACAAAUACAUAUAAACGCAUAUAUACAAUUACACGCAUCGAGUUUAAUACAUAUGGAGUACUCUUCAUCUUGGGUUAAUACUUCUUUGGAUCUCACCAUCGGCGUUAAUCGUAUGCGGGUUGAAGAUGAACCCGCGACAUGUCCAUUGAUGGAGGAACUGAACCGCGUGAGUGCGGAGAACAAGAAGCUCGCGGAAAUGCUGACUCUGAUGUGCGAGAACUACAACGCGUUGAAGAACCAGUUGAUGGAUUACGUCAACAAGAACAACGCUGUGGAUAGAGAGCUGAGUCCGUCGAAGAAACGCAAAUCUCCGGCGAGAGAUCUCAUCGACGAUAUCAACGGCGUUACGUCGGCUGUUUAUAAUGCCGGCGGAGUUUCUGACAGCAGCUCGACCGAACCAGAUGGGUUGUGUAAGAAGCAGAGGGAAGAAACUGUUAUCAAAGAGAAGGUCUCUAGGGUUUAUUACAAGACCGAGGUUUCUGACCGUAGCCUUGUUGUGAAAGAUGGGUACCAAUGGAGGAAAUAUGGGCAGAAGGUCACAAGGGACAACCCAUCUCCAAGAGCUUACUUCAAAUGCGCCUUUGCUCCUAAUUGUCCAGUGAAAAAGAAGGUGCAGAGAAGCGUGGAUGACCAAUCUGUGUUGGUUGCAACCUACGAGGGUGAACAUAACCAUCCAAUGCCCUCGCAGAUGGAGCCGAACACUGGUUCGAGCCGCUGUAUGUCGAUCUCUUCAGCCCCGGCUGCAGCCAACAGGCCUGAAUCUGCCGUAACCAUCGACCAGACAGAACCCGAGAAGCUCGGUGGUAAUAAUGGCAUGACCACAAACUCAAGAAUUGAUCUUCCCGGAAUUCGGAAGCUCUUGGUGGAACAGAUGGCUUCUUCUCUGACCAAAGAUCCCAACUUUACGACAGCUCUUGCCGCGGCUGUUUCAGGGAGAUUGUAUCAACAGAAUCUGAGGGAGAAAUAGUUCUUGAGAUCAUAUGUAGUUUCCCUUCGGUUAGUGUUUUAGAUUCAUGUCGUAAUGAUUCAGUAGAUUCAGUGAAGGAAACAUCCUUCUGAUAUUGAAAUGUAGCAUGUAACUGUUUCAUACAAAUACAGAAGAUCUCCGAAUA